CCUAUUUUGCCGACUUUUUCGCCAAUCGCCAUCCACCUAUGGCGGGCUUCACUCGGCUGCUUCCUCCCUAACACGAUUCCAUUUUUUUUGGUUUUCUUCAUCAAUGGCGGAUUUCUCCUUUCUUUCCGACACCGACGAUUCGGCCGUCGAAGAUCUGCUUUCCCAAACGCAGGAUCUCUGUGUUCUCGAGCAACUCUCUGCCAUCAACUGCUCUGGCUUCACCGACUCUGUUCUUCCCACUGACCUUGAAUCUCGAUUUCGGAAGCUCAAAUCCUUUCCUGCUGCCAAAUCCGAGACCAGAUCCGGUUUCGAUUUGAAGAGUAGUCGAUCUGUACAGUCCUGCGAUGAGAAACCGGACGAUGAUUUUGCAGUUUUUUCUCCCUCUAAACAGAGUCACAAGAAGGAAUUAGGGUUUAGCCCUAAAUCUCAGUCGAAGCGUCUGCCGGAUUCCUCAUCGGGAAAAGGAAAUUCAACGCCACCGAUGGACAAUCAAAAGCCGAAAAAUGGAAGUUCCAGAGCGAAAUCGAAAUGUAGGUACGUUUCAUCUCCUUCGUAUUCUUCGACUUCAUCUGGUGAAAUCGAUGAAUUUUUAGAACCGAAGAAAGGUACCAAAAUCCGGUCAAAAACCAGCUCAGAAUCGGGAUCCUUCGCUUCUCCGCCACAAUCUCCGCCGAGAAGAGCCGGUUGUUUUUGGUGUUCACCGAAGAAAGCUUCAGAGAAGAAGAACAGCAGCAACAGAACUCUCGAUAAUGGCCUUGGAUGGGGUAAGAACAACGAUUUCCUGUCAGAUUUGAACAUUUUCUCGGCAAAAGAGCAACAGAAAAUCCUGAAAAAGGCAAUGAAAGAGGAAGAGAAGAUCAAUCGGGAGGCUGAGAAAAUUGUGAAAUGGGCAAAACAAGCUUCGGCUAGGAUGAAUGUUUCAGACAUUGAAGACGAGCUCAGCGAUCCAGAAAUCAAAAAAUGAGUACGCAAUUUUGCUGCUGUUUUUGGUUAAUCUUGUUCUUGCAUAUAAUCAACUAUAUACACAAGCAUAAUCCCUUGAAGUUUCUUUAUAUAUAUAUAGAAAUAUGGUAUGAAAUAUAUA